GACGGAGUUCUUGAUGAAAUCACGGCCGCAGCCAUAGCAGCCGGUGGCGUAAACAAAAAACAGCGUAGCUGACCGUGUUAACGAAGCGCUAGCUAGCUAAAGUUGCAAAUAAAGUUUACUAAAUUGAGCAGAAUAGGGUUUUUUUUUAAGGAUCGAUUUGCUUGUUCAAUAUUUAAAGGUUAUUUAAAAAAUUUUUUAUAAGAGCUAGGAACAUCGCUAACAUUUCCGAAUUAGCUAGCUAGCGCAGGUUAGCUUUAAAAGUCCACUGACUAUGUUAGCAUCGUGUCCAGUUAACGGAUUAUUAUGGGAUGUAGCUGGUUAGCUGACUACAGGCUAAUUAAAGAUGCUGUGAUUUUUAAAAAAAAAUGAGCUCGUGCUGGUUAACUCGCUAUAACGGUAACUGUGCUCCAGAAUGUCAGCCCUGUUUAUCUCAGCUAGUUAACCCUUGCAGUAUUUAACCCUUUAGGUUUUAACCAGGUUAGUUGUAAGAGAGGGGAAGUUUCCAGGUCCAUGAGUUUGGACUGUGAUGUUCAGUCUGAUGGCGAACUGCUGCAGCUGGCUGAAACGGUGGAGAGAGCCUGUCAGGAAGGUGACACUGGUGAUGGUGGGACUGGACAAUGCUGGGAAAACUGCCACAGUACGGGGCAUCCAAGGAGAGAGUCCUCUAGAUGUGGCUCCAACGGUAGGCUUCUCCAAAGUGGACCUAAAGCAGGGCAAGUUCGAGGUCACCAUCUUCGACCUCGGUGGGGGGAAGCGGAUCCGGGGCAUCUGGAAGAACUACUACUCCGAGUCGUACGGCGUGGUGUUCGUGGUGGACUCGAGCGAUGUGCAGAGGAUCCAAGAGACCAGAGAGACCAUGGCAGAAGUGCUGCGACACCCUCGCAUCGCUGGCAAACCUGUGCUAGUGCUGGCCAACAAGCAGGACCAAGACGGCGCGAUGGCUGAAGCCGACAUCAUCGAGAGCCUGUCACUGGAAAAGCUCGUGAAUGAGAACAAGUGUCUCUGUCAGAUUGAACCAUGCUCAGCGGUCCUGGGCUACGGUAAGAAGAUAGACAAAUCCAUCAAGAACGGCCUGAACUGGCUCCUGAACAACAUCGCCAAGGACUACGAUGCAAUCACAGAGCGCGUUCAGAGGGACACGGCCGAGCAGCGCAUACAGGAGGAUCAGGAUAAGAAGGAGAGAGCGGAGCGAGUCAAACGCAUCCGAGAGGAGAGAGACAGACAGGAGCGUGAAGAGGCGGAGAAAACAGGCAGACAAAUAAAGGAGGAGGAGUCUGAGGAUGCUGAUAUGUCCAACCCAUUCCAGCCGAUAAACCAUAUUGUUGAAGAGAAUGAAAACAAGUUGAAAAAAGAAAUGGAAAUGAAAACGCAAGGAGACGAGGCCAUGCAGGACGGCGUCGUGGAGCCUGUGAGCAAACAGGAAGACGAGGAGGAGGAGGACGAGGAAGAACACGAUGAGGAAGAGAGCGAAAGACAGACGCCAGAGAGCCCAGAAUCAGGUCCAACAGACCAGACCAAAAAGAAGAUCAAGAAAAUACGGCUCAAGAGGAAAAACAGAGUCGACCCUCUGAUAAUAGACGACGCAGCCAAGAGCCCGACUCCACCUCCCGCACCUGUUGGAUGGGCUACUCCCAAAGUUUCUAGACUCCCCAAGCUCGAACCUCUUGGAGAUACAAGGCGUUCCGAUUUCUAUGGCAAGCCCCUCCCACCUGUAGCAAUUAGACAGAGACCAAACGGCGAAACCCAUGAUGUCAUUUCCUAGCCUCUCUUCCUCCUCCUCCUCCUCCUCCUCUGUCCCCCUCAUACGGUUAGAGAUGCCUCGUCUCCACCAAUCACACUAUAUAUCUUUUUUUCCCCUCUCGUCUCCAAGCCCGCGGCGUGUAAAUACGCAACAAUCACCAGCAGGCGUCAGCGAGAGGAACCAAUCAGCUCACUCGGAGGGAUCAUGUGACCAGCCAAGGACAAGGACACCUACAGAGACUCGUGGAUUAUUAUUUUAAACAUUCAGCGGUGACUGAAUUCGUAUCUACGUUACAAAAGCGUAGACGUUUUAUUUUUCCACCCAACGCGUUAUAAUCUCAGAUUAUAGUGUUCAUCCAAAUGUCUAUAUAUAAAUCUUUAUUUUUAGACUGAAUCACAUAACUGUGAAAUCCGCGCUUUUGGAAACAGGAGAUUUUAGCAUAUAUUAAACACUACAACUGUGCUGAACAAACUCUCUGCUACAGAAAUCCUCCUCACUGUAUCCAUGAGACGUAACGGUGUUUUACGUCAUUUCCAUGUUUCUUUUUUUUUUUACACUAAGGUGUUUUCACUGGUUUACUUCCACAAUGUCGCCAGCAGGAAAACCCACACAACAUACCGUUAAAGGAAAAAAAUCACCCUGAACAUCUUUCAUAUUAAUCUUUAAUGAUUAGAACUGUGAUCUUCACUCGCAACAGCAAGUUAGUGUUUUCCUACAUUACCCACAAUGCCAUUUGACUACCUGUAGAUCAUAGUAACAUCUCCCUACUUAAUUAGAGCUAUGCAGUGCAGCGGCGCUUUAAUCCUUUCAUUCGGAUACCGCCGUCUCCGUGAUCAAGCUCCUCAUCUGGUAGCUCUGGAGGCGAGCCGAGACUCUGAUCGUAUUGCUGCAUUGCUUUCUGGGGCUUUUUGAGUCCAGGAUUUUUGCGCCAACUGAGCUAGUGAGAAGAAAAAUACAGAACCAACCAACAUGUAAGCCUCACUACAGCAUCACCGAACACUUCAGAUACACCGGUCAGGCAUAACAUUAUGACCACUGAGAGGUGCCGUGAAUAAGACUGAAGAUUUCCGCAUUAGUGGGUGGGAUAUAUUAGGCAGCAAGUCAACAUUUUUUCCUCAAGGUUGAUGUGGUUAGAAGCAGGAAAAAUGGACAAGCGUAAGGAUUUGAGCUUUGAGUUUGACGAAAGGCCAAAUUGUGAUGGCUAGACCACUGGAUCAGAGCGUCUCCAAAACUGCAGCUCUUGUGGGGUGUUCCUGGUCUGUGGUGGUCAGUAUCUAUCAAAAGUGGUCCAAGGAAGGAACAGUGGUGAACCGGAGACAGGGUCAUGGGCGGUCAAGACUCACUGAUGUACAUGGGGAGAGAAGGCUGGCCCGUGUGAUCCGAUCCAACAUAGAAAGGUGUCGGAAUACACAGUGCAUGACGGGUCAGCAAAAAGGGGACCAACACAAUAUUAGGCAGGUGGUCAUAAUGUUAUGCCUGACCUGUGUAUUUCAACACAUUUAACGUGUAAUUUCAGGGUGGAGUUUUCCUUUAAGCUGAAUAUUUUCCCGAUGGGAAGUUCUUUUAGUUCUCUGAAAGUUCUUUAAGUGCACCACUGGUUUAUACACACUUUUCUGUCUUCUCAACUUGUUUAUGAAGCCGAAGCAUGUACCGAUUACAGUGUAGAGCUUCGUCGUCGUUGUUUUUUCUUCUGUUACACGUUCAACCUAUUGUUUCAGUCCUGUUUUGCAGGAACACGUUUUUCCAAAAGCAUAAAAUUAAGCUGGAAGAUUUGACACACUACACUGAUUACACAUUUAUUCAUUUCUUAGCACAGAGAUGUACUGUAAAUGACAGGUUGCUUAUUUAUUUCAUUCUGUUUUUGUUGCUGUUUUUAAACCCUGUGCUUCCCUCAUGUAUUUGUUAACAUGUAUUAUUUUAUAUUCGACACUCCUGAUUGAAUGCUUUUUCUAUGAUUAUGUAUUUCGUUUCCCAUUUCAAAUAACCGCUCGUUUUCUCUAAUCUCACUUCACAGAUUUUUUUUGGUUACAUGCACUUUCUAUCCAUCUUGGUUUAAUAUGAAUGCAAUUAAAUGCAUAAAUAUUUUUUAUUCA